GUUUGAUAUCAGUGUGCAUCCAGCAAGCAAAUUUGUAGCGUGUAAUCAACUGCUUUGAAAGUUACCAAAAAAAAAGCAACAAUGAAACUGUUCAUCGCUUUGUCCGCUGUGUUGGCCGUUGCCGUUGCCGUCGGAGAUUACCAUGUAGAGCACAAGCACAUUCCAAUUGUACACAGCGAGCUGCUGCAAAGCAGUGACGGCCAGUUCAAGUACGGUUAUGAGUCGGCUAAUGGAAUCGUCGUUCAGGAGGAAGGUCAUGUGAAGAACUCGGGCACCAAGGAUCACGAAUCUAACGUUGCUCACGGUUCAUACUCGUACGUUGAUCCGCAUGGUGUUCCCGUGUCCGUCAGCUACGUUGCUGAUGAGAACGGAUUCCAAGCUCAUGGAUCGCACAUUCCCACUCCACCACCGCUACCGAAGGAACUGGUUGACGCAUACGCCAAGGUCGGCAGCCAUCCGGAGGCCCAUCAUGAGGAGCCGGAAGUGUACAAAGGCCACUAAGUAGAUCCUGCUAGCUGGAUUAUUAUCCUCCAUGAGAAUGCCAAAUUGUGAUACUUUCUAUUCCUUAUUGUGGGAUAGUGCCUAGUGAAAUUAGUUGCUGUAUUGUAGCGUGAAUAG